UCCGAUUGGUCUGUUUCAAACAGAAGGCGGCUGCUGUGUUGUUUUGUUAGCUCAACUGAAGUUAGCGCUAACUCUAACUCACGGAGAGAAAACGUACUCGGUUUCAGUUCCUUAUGUCUCAAAAAUAACUACUGUCAGAAAGAUGGAACAGGUAGAGGACAAAGAUUUGAAGAGAGAUCUCUCAUCACAGUUCAACACCUCCCCUGACUUGCAGCAGUCCAUCAUCGAGGAGAAAGAACACCUUCAGGUUUACCUCCGCAUCAGACCCUUCACCUCAAUAGAGAGUGUUAAUGGAGAGUCACAGGACUGCAUUACGAUCGAGCCCCCUAACACGGUUCUCCUGAAACCUCCCAGUUUGUCCCUCUCGGCCAGGCUGAGCACUGAUAGAGCCUUCCCACAGACUGGACAGCGCUUCCAGUUCUCUCAGGUGUACGGACCUGAGACAACCCAGAGAGAGCUCUUUCAAGGCACCGUCAAGGACUUGGUGAAAGAUGUUCUUGGAGGGGAAAACUCUCUGGUGUUCACUUAUGGAGUCACCAACGCUGGAAAGACCUUCACAUUCUUUGGUCCAGAUGCUGAUGCUGGCAUCCUGCCCAGAUCUCUUGAUGUCAUUUUCAGCAGUAUCAAUGACAAAGUUUUUACUGGGAUGAGCAUAAAACCUCAGCGGUGCCGAGAGUUCACCAGGCUCACCAGGGAGCAGGAGGCGGAGGAGGCGCUGUUCAAGAGAAGCCUCUUCAGACAACUUAAAGAGAGUGAUAGGAGCAAUGCAAGCCUGUUAAACUCGACUAACAAGACUCUACAUGAAGGCUCCUCCAUGCUGGAUGCAGCAGUUGCAUCAGAGGACAUAAGCCUGGAAGUGGAAACUAACACCAAGUUCUCUGUGUGGGUUUCUUUCUGUGAAAUCUACAAUGAAAACAUUCAUGACCUCCUGGAGGUUAUUCCCUCUGGGGCCUUGAGGCGGACUGCACUGCGGUUGUCACAGGACGUUAAGGGCAACGCCUUCGUCAAAGAUCUGCGUUGGGUUCAGGUAAAUAGCGCAGAAGAGGCUUACAAGGUGAUGAAAAUAGGAAAGAAGAACCAGAGUUUCUCUUCCACCCGGCUAAACCAGCUCUCCAGCAGGAGUCAUAGUAUUUUCUCCAUACGCAUAAUGAGGAUUGAGGAUGUUGGGACUCCAAGGGUCCACAUUGUCAGCGAGUUGUGUCUGUGUGAUCUGGCUGGCUCUGAGCGAUGCGCUAAGACCCAGAAUAUAGGAGAGCGUCUGAAGGAAGCUGGAAACAUCAACACCUCGCUGCUCAUCCUGGGAAAAUGCAUCAACGCACUACGACACAAUCAGCAGGCCAAGCUGCUUCAGCAUGUUCCCUUCAGGGAAAGCAAGCUGACCCACUACCUGCAGGGCUUUUUUUGUGGUCUAGGUAAAGCCUGUAUGAUCGUCAAUGUCAACCAGUGUGCCUCCAUGUACGAUGAGACUGUCAACGUCCUCAAAUUCUCUGCUGUGGCACAGAAGGUUGUUGUUCUGGCCACCAGGCCUCUUCCCAUCGUACCCCAAAGGUCCAAUGGGGAGAGAUCCUUUAUCAUCAGCAAAGAGAGGAAGGCUGGUCGGGGCAGCAGGAGGAGCUCCCUGAUUGGCUGGGAUAGUAGCCUGGAGGAUGUACAGGAGGAUGGGGAUAAUGAGUCUGAGGAAGAUGGGAGCCUGAUGGAGGUCUCAGUGGAUCAGGAUGGCACUGAAGAUGAGGGGAAAGAAAAUGACCAACAUGUCAUUGGCCAAGCUAAGAGGCAGGUGGCACUGUUGAAACAGCUGCAGGUCCAGCUGAAGAAGGAGCGAGCCGACAGUCUGCUCAUGGAGGCCAGAGUCAGAGAGGAAAUCAGCAGAGAGUUCUCAGAGCUCUUCUCUGAGAUGCAGAAUGACUACAAUGACCGUCUGGCGAGGGAGAGAGAGAUCUUGGAGGAGCGAGCGGAAAGAAGACUGGAGAUCUUUAAGAACCUCAUUGACAAAAUGGCCAUCGCUGGACCGAGUCAGGAUGCACAAGCCAUGGACAAAUCUCUGGACAACUACUCCUCUGAAUUGGCAGAUGUCAAGAAGGCCGCUGAUGCUGUUCAUAUAUGUCUUGCUUCAGUCAGAGAUGGGACUCAGGGCGACAGAGAAGACGCUGUGGAGGAGAUGGAGAAGAAAGUGUUGGAACUGAAUGAACUCCAGCAGAAACUCCAGAAGCAGGUCGCUUACAGAAGCAAUGCUAAACCCAGUUCAGAACAGAGUGAGGAGAAAAGGAGGCUCAUCUCGGAGCUCCAGGAGGAGUCAUUAGAGAUUUCCCGGCUGAAGAAACAGGUUGAAGACCUGAAGAGGGUGCCAGAGCUGGGCUCACAGAGUCACUCCUUGCUGGUCGAAGAGCGGCAUUCACGUGAGAGAGAGCAGCUGCAGGAGGCGUUGGCUGUCCUAGAGAAGGAGAAGAGAGGCAGAGAAGACGCCAUGGCUGCUUUAGAGUACCAGACUCUGGGAAAAGAGGAGGCCCUUGUAUCCUUAGAGGAGGAAAGAAAAGCCAGGGAGGAGGCCUUUGCCACUCUCGGGGAGCUGAAGCAAAGCAAAGAGGAGGUUCUAGCAUCUCUCAAAGAAGAGAGGGAAAUCAACGUGAAAGCAAUGGCAGAUCUCGACGCUGAGAGGAGAGCCAAGGAGGAUGCAAUUGCAUCCCUUGAAGAAGAGAAGAAACGCAGGGAGGACUUACUUGCAGCUCUUAGAGAAAAGUCGAGGGGCAGAGAGGAGGCUCAGUCUACUCUGGACACUGAGAGAAGAGAGAUCAGGAGGCUGGUGGAGGAGACAGAAAAGAAGGAACAGGAGGCUGAUGCUCUCCGACGAGAAGUCAAAGAGCUGAUUGCCAAACUGGAAACCACAGAGUGUCAGGUGUCUAGUGAGACUGAGAGGGCUGAACAAGAAUUAGUCCUACUACAAAACGCUCAGAAACAACUGGAAGAACACUCAAAGGAGAUCCAAGAAAAAACUUCCCAGAUAAACUCCCUGCUGCAGGAAGUACAAAGCCUGAAACAGGAACUACAAACAUCAGCAGUAUCAGCUGGUGGAAACGAUGAUCAGCUGAGAGAAGAAUUGUCCAAGCUGAGGAAGAAUCUCUCAGAGGAAAAGGAGAAAAAUGACAGCUGUCACAGACAAAUGCUGGAGCUGGAGCGUGAGCUAGCGCAGACAAAAGAACAGUUGGAACACAAACGUCUGAUUUCCAAUCAGCAGGUCGAACAGUUCACAGAGAAGCAGGACCGGCAAGAAGCAGCUUCAAAAGUGGAACUUGACGAAUUGAAGAAGAGGCUUCAGGAGAAAGAGGAGAUGUCACAGCUACAGGUGGAUGACCUCGGAUCCAAGCUCGAAUGCCAAGAGCAAGCUUCCAAAGAAGAAGUUUUACAGCUGAGAGCAAAACUUGAGGAACAAUCGCAGGCCUCGAUUAAGCAGAUUGAGGAGCUCAAUGAGAAGCUGCGAACACAAGAAGUGACAUCACUACAGCAGAUGGAGGAGAUCAAACACAAACUGAGUGAUCAAAAAGCAACCUCAGCAAAACUUUUAGAUGAUCUCAAGCAAAAGCUCAGUGAGGAGAGACAAGCUACUGAGCAGAUCAAGGCUGAAUUAGAAGAAGCUAGGAUUACAGGUUCAAACUCUUCCUCUCAUUCUCCUGCUGAUGAAAAUCUGAGUAGAUUAAACUCUGAUCUCCAGACUGAGGUGGCAUCCCUCAGGGCAAAAGUUUCUAACAUGGAAGAAGCAAAAGAGUCCGUUUGCAAAGCUGAAGCUCAUUUAGCGUCUUCAGAGAUGGACAGUCUCCUGAAACAAAAGGACGGGGAGGUGGGUGAGAAGCUAGCAGAGUACAGGAAAGCAUCAGCAGAGAGGGAGGCACAGCUGCAGGAGCAGCUUCUGGGAAAGGAGGAACAGGUCAAAUCGCUCAAAAAGAGCCUCAAGGAGGCACAAGAGCGGCGGGAAGAGGAAGAGAGCCAGGCGGUCCAGGAGGCCCGGCGCAGAGAGGUGGAGAGGCGCAGGGAGCUGCUGGCUGUGGCGCACGAGGCCAUCGCACAGAAGGACACGGAGCUUGAGAAGAAAGCCGAGGAAAUCAAAAGACUAAAGGAAAAUGCCCAGCAGGACGCAGAGAAAGUCAAGAGCCUCAGCCUCGACCUCCAGAGGAAAGAGGACGACACUUCAGACCUCCGAGAGAAACUAGCAGACUACAAGAAGCAGAUUCAGCAGGUCCAGAAGGAGAUAUCUGCCAUGAGAGAAGAGGAGAAGGCUUUGAAGCAGAAGCUGACCGACAUGGAGAAAGCUAAAAAGCAGCUUCAGGCCGACCUCGCCAUCAGAGACAGAACCAUCCAGCAGCUCAAACUGGAACAGUCAUCAGAGGACAAGUCUGACAAAACGCUCCUACUCUACCAGAACGCCUGUAAAGACCUUGAAGCCAAAGAGCGUGUGAUGGAAGACAUGCGUUUGGCACUGACGGAGCAGGAGGAGACACAGGAGCAGAUGGAGCAGAUGUUGGAGGAGAAACUUAACCUCAUCCAGGAGCUCUCCAGUGAGGUGCAGAAAUUGAAGGGAAUGUUGUUGAAGCAUGACAGCAGAAACAACUCACAGCAUCAGUCAGACAGCGCACCAGAUGAAGUCAGACUGGCCAAACAAGAAAGUGCUCAGGCUAACGAGAGCUUAAAGCUGUGUACAGAGAAACAUCAGUCCGAACGCAGAAAGUGGCUGGAGGACAAGCUGUCCCUGAUUGGUCAAGCCAAAGAAGCAGAGGACAAGAGGAACCAGGAAAUGAGAAAGUUUGCAGAAGACAGAGAACGCUACACUCGCCAGCAGAGCCAGUUGGAGUCCUUGACUUCUCAGCUGGCUGAGAAGGAGGAGUCCAUGGAUAAGUGGAGGAAGGAGAGAGACACUCUGGUAGCGGCUCUGGGGGUCCAGCUUCAGAAACUUCUCUCCAGCCAAACAGAGAAAGACAAACUCAUCCAACAGUUGAGCCACAAUAACACACAGCCACCACAAGAGCAUGGCGAUGAUGGUGGCAACGACCUGACGAAGCUGCAGGCUGCUCUCUCGGAGAGGGAGGCAGAGAUCGUACAAAUGCAGGAAGAGCUCAAGGACUUGAGAACCAAGCAGACCGACACAGUCACACAGAGUAAUGAGUGCCCUGCUACUUUGGUCGGGAAACCAGAGAGUGAAACAAUCAACAGGAAGUCUGGAGGACGGAGGGAUACGAGGGCGUCAGUCAGCAGUCAGGGUUCAGCUGGCUUUCCUUCAGUCUUGGACUCCUCUGAGAUUUCCACAGAGAAUGGCAGGACGAGACGCUUCCCCCGGCCAGAGCUGGAGAUCUCCUUCAGCCCUCUGCAGCCAAACCGCAUGGCCCUGCGACGCCAAGGAGAGGAGAACGCCGUCACUGUCAAAAUCACCCGCUCGGCACGCAAGAGGAAGAGUGGAGAGAUGGAAAGGUCUUAUAUUUUCAGGAGGAGUAAACGAAGAACAGCACAAGAGGAAGAGGUGGAGGCAGAGAACAGAAGGAACACGCGGACCAGACUGACACCAAAGCUGACCCCACACCAAGAGGAGGUCUCUUCCUCAGCACGUCACCAUGACUCCCAGAGCAGCAUCCGUAGCAAGAAAGAGGGAACGCUGCAGAAGAUCGGAGACUUCCUGCAGAGCUCCCCCACGCUGCUCGGCACUAAAGCCAAGAAGAUGAUGAGCCUGGUGAGCGGCCGGGUUGAUGCAGACUCAGCAGCCUCCUCUUCCACCUCUUCAUCGCUCAGUCUGAGAGCCAAGAAGAACAAAAGGAAGCUCUACCGGCCUGAAAUCUCCUCUCCUAUGGACAUGCCCUCACACCCUAUCAUUAGCAGAGAGCCCGAGGAGAAAGACAGUGACCAUCAGAUCAUUAAGCGGCGUCUACGCUCCAGGAUGGCUAAAUAAUUAGCCUUCACAUAGUACUGUACUAUAUAUAACUAUUUUUUUUUUUUUUAUGCUUAACACUUUAUUAAAAAAAUGAAGGAAACACCUAUAUCUCUGCCACUAUGGCGCUAAAGUCUCUUAACAUAGAAACACGUAUUCUAAGUAAUCGAGUAUAAUCUGUUAUAUUCAAUAUUUAACGAUUAAAAUAGAGUUAUGUUAAAGGGAGAUGUCACUGAUAUGAAGCUGGUUUUGUUGCGGUUCAAGGAAUUCUCCAGUGUUCAGGAGUCUACUUUUUUUUUUUCUUUUCUGUUUAAAGUUUGAUGAGAAGACCUUUUUUGUGUCUGUGUGCAGUACAGAGUUGGACCAAGGAGCUGAUUUAGUUUAUUAUAACAUAAAAACUAGCAGAGGAGAUGCAAUGUAGUUAGCUUCAUCUAACGUUGGAAACAAACACUCCACUAAGAUCACUAACAUGUUGUACUUUAUUUCAUCCAUACACAGAUAUACAACAGCACUUUGUAUUAUACGUGCUGCAGCUGUUUCCUCUAAAUCAGUAUUUCAUCCAUCACAAUGAGCGAGCGGUUUCUUUUAAGCUGACCUAAACUGGACGCCUCCUGGCUCCAUCGUCUCGUCAUCUACCUCUCUGAAAGGUCGACCUAAUCAUUCAUAACACUGAUAAGAAUUCAAUCAAUUUCUGCCUGAAAUAUUUUGGCUGUGAAAUAAUAAAUUCUCACUCUUACUUUUUUGUCUUAAAACAAUGCUUUUACUCUGAAUAUCACUCUUAACGUCACCACACAGACUCAUAGUAAGCACUCUGAAUCAGUUUAUCCUACAGUACACUACAGAAGAAAGAUGCUGUCAUUUCCUUUACCUUGAUGUGCAAUUAUUUUUUCUUUAGAAUGUUCUGGGCUCUGCUGGAGUUUCGUUGUUAUUUUUUAUUUUAUUUAUGUAUCUUUUUUCUUUGUGAGUAAGCUUCAACAGUUAAUUUAUCUUAUAGGAAACCACUACCUUCCGAUUUUCUGGCUGUUCUAUAAAGCUGCUAAUCAGACGUUUGAAAAUAUCUUAUUUUGAUAACAAGUCAGAGUCACUCUCUGAACUCCUACUGCACUUUCUAUUGCGAACAAAUUAAAGCGAAGGAACAAAAAGCAACUCAAAGGAUAGAUAAUGCAGAAUUAUAUUAGAAACAGUUCUCUGUGUGCAUGUUACCCAAACCCCUAGUUUUUCUACUUUUGCUGACAGCUAUGGCUUUAGCACUGCUGGAUGUUGGGAUCUCUUUAGGUCACUUUAUUUUGUUUAGGUGAGGGGCUGCAGAGGUUAUUGUUCUGUUUUUGUAUGUAUAUAGUGAUCCUGUUAAAGCUGCCUGAGCUCAAUGUCUCUAUGUCUAUUUUCUGAAAGUGUGAUCACAUCUGUCACUGAUAUUCUCCUGCAUUCUUCCAACUCUUCAUAUUUUGUAUCUGUCAUUUACCGGUUAAAAAUACAAAUAUUUGCCAUUCAAAAAUA